AUUUCACGGGUAGCAAAAACCGGUCAAACUCCCCCAGCUCAUCGCACCCCAGAACAAGAAGUAAAAAGGAAACAAAAAAAGGGGGGCCCCCAGCUGCUGUUUUUAGUGUACUACGAAACGAAGCAAAGAGAAAAAGUUGUGGCCAGACAGUAAGCACUGGGUCGGAUCAAUCAAACCAUCCAACUCAAUCCCUCACUCAACCCACACCCACUCUAUCCCACCUCCGCCUUGCCUUGCGUGCCUGCUGCGGUGGAAUCCCCCAAAAGAGAAUUUCAAUGUCCUCCACCACCACCGGAUCAUGGACGGGCAUUCGAACUUCACACAACCGAGCGACACAUCCCACGCCAGCCACACCAUCCCCUCUUCCUCAUCGUCGCAACGGAGACGGCUCACCAAGAAGCCGCCUCCUUCCACAUCGGCGCGUCACCAUCAUAGCUCAUUGAGCAUCGACAGCCGUGUAGACGCCCAAUCGUUGGUCGGCAAACGCAGCUCGACCAGCCUACGCCGUGCUCCAAGCGCUCCCCCCGCCCGGACGCCCACGAGCACCCACGCGUCAAACAGCUCUUCGCCUAGAAACCCGUCGUCGAGCACUCGUCUCAACAAUCACUCGCCCAUUAUUCCCGCCGCCUCCGAGUUCGCCGCCUCCUCUUUGUCGCCGUCUGCGCGAGACCGCGACUCGGACCCCGCUCGCAACGAUCACGGUCACCAACUUCAAAAUAACAACAACUACUACUACUCUGCCUUCACCAACGCCCAUCAUCAUAAUCAAUACUCUGCAGCCUCACACAGACGUUCAAACAGCUACGGUCACCCCCACGGCCCGCAGUCUUCAAACUCCCUAACAUUCAACCACUCGGAGGAUUUUAUCGGUGCCCCAUUCGACGGCUCCGCCAUCCUCAAUCGCAUUGAGGCGACGAAAGCCUCGCCAACCUUGGGCUCUGGUGCCUUCCCUCACAUUAGUAACCCCAUUCCCGUCGGUGCUGCCGCUCCGGCUCAGUACUCGAGGGGCAGUCCGGCUCUUGAACAGUCAUUCACCUUUCCCUCCGCUGCCAUGAGCGAAAAGUCGCAGCAGGUUAGGGGGAUGGAGGCUCAGUUGCCUACCUCCAAGCGGUAUUCCGACGAAACCAAAGAGCCUAAGCCAGGCGUCUUACGAAAGAAGUCGGGCUUCUCCGGCUUCAUGAGCGGUCUGGUUGGCACACCAAAGAAGCCGCUCAUCUCUGCUCCCGAGAACCCGGUACAUGUCACCCACGUGGGAUAUGACAGUGCCACAGGGCAGUUUACAGGACUGCCCAAAGAAUGGCAGAGACUAAUCAGCGAAAGCGGUAUUACUGAGAAAGAGCGCAGAGAAAAUCCUGAGACGCUCGUCAAUGUUAUUAAGUUCUACAAGGAGACGACCGAGAAGCCUGCAGAGGACCAGGUCCUCGAAAAGUUUCACGAUGCCCGACCAGGGCUUCCAAGCGCACCUUCAGCUGGCUCGAUGAUUUCGCCAGGUCUGGCGCCCCAUCACUAUAACCCAAUGUCCCCUAUGAUCAGCCCACCAGCCAGCCCACGGUUCCCACAGGUCGGUCAUGAAGGCAAUUUCGAAAAUCCCAGGUCGCCACCGCCAGUACCGAAAAACAAAGAUGUUACCCUUAUGCCGAGCCGUCCGGCCCCGAGACCGCCUGUGAGCCUCCCGACACGUACGGCGCCUCAUGCUCCUUACGCAGCGAAGGAUUCCGGGAUCGACAUGCCCCCUCAGCACGAUGACCUCACACCGACAACAUACCAGCCUCCCAAGGAGUCACAGCCAAUACUGCCCGAGGAGCACCGGUCUAGGUCCAACUCACGAGUUAACGGGAAUACCGCUUACCCCGCAUCCCAACAAUCUCCCGCUGUACAGGCCGCGUAUCAGCAACAGCUUAUGCAGCAGCAGCAGGAGCAGGCCCUCGCCCAGGCACAGGCCUCCAUGUCAGGCUCGAUGAGUCGGGCUCCCAGCAAGAGGCAGCCACAGGCUCAGCAACCUACUCCCCCUCAAUCCCAACAUCAGUACUCGAGGCCUACCGAUGCAAACGGUGCGCAACAAACACAAAGACCACAACAACCACAAAUCGGUCCUGUUCCACAAUCACGCCCGCGGCACCGGUCGCGACAGAGCAACGGGCUCGACGUUGUAGCAGCGCUGAAGCGCAUAUGCUCUGAGGGAGAUCCGCGGGAAAUUUACCGCAGCUUCACCAAGAUUGGCCAGGGUGCGUCGGGCGGUGUCUACACCGGCCAUGAGAGGGGGAGCAACCGACUGGUAGCAAUCAAGCAGAUGAACUUGGAGCAGCAGCCCAAGAAGGACCUGAUCAUUAAUGAAAUUUUGGUCAUGAAGGACAGCUCACAUCCCAACAUCGUCAACUUCAUCGACAGCUAUCUGUGCGGCGGAGAACUCUGGGUCGUAAUGGAGUUUAUGGAAGGUGGUAGCUUGACAGAUGUCGUGACCUUUAACAUCAUGACUGAGGGACAAAUCGCCUCUGUCUGUCGAGAGACUCUUCUUGGCCUCCAACAUCUGCACUCCAAGGGCGUCAUCCACCGUGAUAUCAAGUCGGAUAACAUCUUGUUGUCGAUGGAGGGAAAUAUCAAGCUGACUGAUUUUGGUUUCUGCGCCACCAUUAACGAGGCUCAAAACAAGCGGACCACCAUGGUCGGCACUCCCUAUUGGAUGGCACCCGAAGUGGUCACGCGUAAGGAGUAUGGGCGCAAGGUCGACAUCUGGUCACUAGGUAUUAUGGCUAUUGAGAUGAUUGAGGGCGAGCCACCAUACCUCACAGAGUCGCCGCUUCGAGCUCUGUGGCUGAUUGCCACGAACGGCACACCCCAAAUCAAGGACGAGGGCAACAUGUCCCCCGUUUUCAGAGAUUUCCUAUACUUUGCACUGAAGGUGGACCCAGACAAGCGCGCCAGUGCUCAUGAUCUUCUGAGGCAUGAGUUUAUGAACCUGUGUGUCGAUCUGUCACACCUGUCACCAUUAGUAAGGGCGGCAAGAGAGGCAAGAGCUCAAGAAAAGGCUCGGAAGGGCCAAUAAAAAAUAUUUAAAAGACUAGGGGAAAGGAGCAAUUUAUAUUUUCUCGACGACAGCACUAGGACAGUCAAUGCGCCGUUUCUUGUCUAUACCAUCAUCGUACGCCAAUCCCAUUGAGAUUUUUGUUUCUUGCCGCUUCGCUAUUUAUUGCCACCAAAUUCGAAACUUUGAGGGCUUGCUGGUUUGGCGUCUUGAUGUAUUUUCUACUAUGAUGCCAGGAUUUUCUUUUCCUCCCUCCGGAGCGGUGUCACUGAUUUCUGGCGUGCAUACUCACCUCAAGAGGAGACGAGAUAGUGGCAAAUACUGCAGUGUGGACUUUUUUUUGGUUUACUUGUGUUCGCGUAUACUCUUUUUGCUUGUGUUUUUUUCUAAAAAGAAAUCAUGUCCUAGUCCCGAUGAUCGUCCGAUUGAUGUCCUUGAAUUGCAAGGGACGAAAAAGAUGGGAGGAUCCUUUUUUUUUUUUCUUUUUUUUUUUUUCUUCGAGCCGUGCGACAUACUGGGUCUUUUUCUUGUUUGAUUUUGUUGUGAAAUCGCCUCGGUUCAGGCCAGAUAUAUACCACAUUCAAACUCCAAGCUAUAUACUAAAGAUUUCGCCAGGAAUCUUUAUCACUGAAACUCGGUUACUUCAUCCUCUUACCACUGGAAUAUGCAUAUCGCCCCAGUAGUCACU